AGUCGGUUCGCUGAUAAAGAAGCAGGCACAUGGACAUGCACAGGUUGAUCGUCGAGGUUAGGCAACGUCCCGCACUGUGGGAUGCCACACAUCCGGAGCACGCCAAUCGAGCGGAGACACAGCGACAGUGGCGCAACGUUGCCGACGCACUGGGCGCCAAAGUGGAACUGUGUCGCAGCAAGUGGAAAAACUUACGCUGUAGCUAUCGCCGUCAGCAGCAUCGCAGGCAAAACACCCAACAACAACAACUACAACAACAACAAGCGCAGGCAUCUCCAUCCCAUCAGUGGCCCUAUGCGGAGGCGAUGAGCUUCUUGGACGGACGUCGCCUGCGCACGGAUAGCAGCAACAAUGAGGAUGAAGACUGUGAACAGAGCACCAUCGAGCCCAUGGUGUUCAAGGAGGAGGAGUCCUUGCCACCCGAUCCAAUGGAGGCGGACAAUGAUGCGUUGAUGCAACAAUUCCAGAGCAUGGCUACGCCGCAAGCGUUGCGUCGUCUCUCGCACAGCAUCUCAUUGGCCUCGGCUGCUGCCGAGGAGCAAGUGGUGCCCAAAAUGGAGGCGACCAGUGUUGGACAGGAACAGGCACAGACACAGGCCCAGGCACAGGCACAGGGCACGGCAUUGGCUGCUGCGGCGGCAAGUAGUUGCCAGUGUGCGAAACGUGUCGAUGAGCAGGUGAAUUUCCUCGAGAAUCUGGAGCGUGAGGAGCAGCAACUGAUGCAGUCGACCAGCCAGGAUUUGGCACGUUGCAAGAAUAUACUGCAUGUGGGCGAUUCGGAUUACAAUUUUCUCAUCAGUUUCUUGCCGAUGAUGAAGCAAAUGUCAUCGCUGCAGAAUGUUGCAUUUCGCGCCAAGAUGGGUGAGCUGCUGCUGCACACAAUGCAACAAUCACAAAUGCAACAACAGCAGCAACAGCAGCAGCAGCAGCAACAACAACAGCAACAACAACAGGAGCCGAUGCAGCAGCAACCGUCGCAAAUGUUGUUGAACCAACAGCAGAUGGCCUUGGACCAGGCCCAACAACAACAGCAACAACAACUCAACAACGGCAACUAACCUCCAUUCUCACGUUCUCACAGACCAAUUGAGAGAGGGCCACAGCAAGAGAGAGCGAGAGAGAGAGAGAGAGAGAGAGAAUUGAGCGAGUUAUUAGCGAAUCAAUGCGCCUGCUCACUGCACACUGGAAAGCAAGCAAUUUAUGUAUUGAACAUGAAAACAUUCUUAACCACAUCUGUUUGCCACGAAUUUUAUAAUAAUAGUCGUAUCGAUUUCUGUAUUUAAAUGUCCUUGAAAUAAUCCAAAUAUAUAAAUAAACUUAUUGACGAGAGGAUUCUAUUUGAAUAACAAUGAAUAGAAAAUCCACGAACAAUUUAAAUGUA